AUGGACACGUUACCCGCUCACCUGAACUUCUUGAACGAUGCCGCCCAUCUUCUCUGGGCGUCGGCCCCCGAAACAUCGGCCCAUCUCAUGAGCCACCACAACGAGCUCAUGUUCCUCAACGACGUCGAGCAAAACGACGUCCGCAGACAACACGUCUGCGGAGCAUGUGGUCACAUCAUGAUCCCCGGGCAAGGAACCACUCUCAAGAUGGAAACCGAGAGGACUCUGAGGAAGAAGCGGCGCGCGGUCAAGGCGACAGACUCCAAGGUUAGGGAUGAGCCUACGCGGUCAGGGAUGCGCAAGCUUUUCGCCUGCGGGAACUGCAACACCACCACCAAGAUCUCAUUGCCUCCCGCGCCACCGGUUGUGAGACGCCGAGUAAAGUCUGAGAAACUCCCUCCCAAGGGUCAGCAUGUUGCGGCAGCCGAGGCGGCAAAGCCUGCAUCGGCCAACUCGAGCAGCAAGAAGCGCGCAAAGAACCGAAAGGCCGGGCUGCAAGCUCUGCUCAGCCAAGCCAAGAAUUCAUCCUCCAGCGGCAGGAGUCUGAGUCUUGCCGACUUUGCGCGAUGA